UCGGUGGAGGAGGUGGAUGAGUAAGAGGAGUUCGUCGUCGUACCAGUGUUAGCGGAGGUGAUGUUGGAGGAGGACGACACGACGACGACGAGGGUAAAGGGAGCAAUAGGCGACCUCAGAGUCUAUAUAGAGAGGGUGCAAUCCCAAUGAAUCAUUAGCCACUUUCCGACUUUCGAAGAGUGCACACGGAGGGGAAAAGUCUCUUUAAGAUUGAACUUGUCCAGGAUUUCAGAAUUCAAUUGACAAGUGAUCAUUUCAUUCCACGAUUUCUCGCCAAUCCCUGGCAGCUCACGGCUGUUCCUUCUCUCACAACUCUCCGGUGGUUCUUCAACCUACCAAACCAAUACCAGUACCAUCAGCACCACCGCUUCCAUCAAUACAUUCAUCAUGUUGACCGGAUUCCUCUUGGGUCUGGCUAUUAUCGUGAUGUGCUUGAUGAUAAUGAUUGUGUCUCUUGAUUACAUCAAUUGUCCACCGACAGUCCCGGGACACUUUAUCAUGGGAAUCAUUCCAAAAAUCACAAAGGAGUUCCAUUUAAUGCUCUAUGACUAUUCGCGACGAUACGGAAGCAUUUUUCGCAUUCAUAUGGGGAUGCAAACCAUGGUGGUCAUCAGUGACCCAAACCUCAUCAGACAGGCGUUCCGAAACAGAGAUCUCACAGCCCGACCCAAGAAUGACUUCAGCACUCUACUCAACGGCUUCGGUAUCAUCAAUUCCCAGGGAAAUCUAUGGAAAUCUCACAGGCACUUUUUGUCAAACAAUAGAUUGGGCAUGCAAGAUUGGCAAAGUGGACUGUCAGCAGCAAGACAGAUAAUCGAAUUUGAAGGCAGUCGGCUCUUGGAUGUCAUUUCCAGAGAAUUUGGCCCAACCCCCACCGAUCCCGAGGAAGUCUUGAAUAGUUGUGUGGCCAAUGUCAUCUGCAGUCUUGUCAUGUCAACGCGAUUCGAUCACAAAGAUAAGAAAUUCAAAGAUUUUAUGAACAACUUCGACGAAGGAUUUCGACUCUUCAACAAGACCGGAGCAUCUCUGUUCUUUCCAUUCGUCAAACUUCUCCCCGGCGUUCGAAGCACUUAUAACAAGCUCAAAGAUAACCGCGAAGUGAUGCGUGCAUUCGCUAGAGAGAUCAUCGACAAACAUAGCAAGAACCUGGAUCCCGAAAACCCCAAGGAUCUCAUUGACCAUUAUCUCAUCAAGAUGGGAGGGAAACAGGAGGCUAUUGAUGCGUUAUUCCACGGAUUUGAUCCUCAAGAGCAACUGGAACAAGUUAUCCUGGACCUGUUUUCAGCUGGAGUGGAAACCAUCAAAGUUUCUCUACUGUGGUCCAUCAUUUACCUCACCCGCAAUCCUGACGUUCAAAAAAAGGUUCAAGCGGAAUUGGACAGUGUAGUUGGAUCAGAACGCAACGUCGCCAUCGAUGAUCUCCCAGAGUUGACCUACACGAAGGCCACCAUCUUCGAGACCCUGCGACGCUCGUCAGUCGUUCCAUUGGGCACCACUCACGUAACGAAUAGAACCGUCCAACUCAAUGGGUACACCAUACCAAAGAACACUCAAGUCAUCCCAUUGUUGCAUUCUGUUCACAUGAACCCCGACGUGUGGGAUGAGCCUGAGGCCUUCCGCCCUGAGCGGUUCCUCUCCGAAGACGGCUCACAGGUGAUCAAACCCUCGAGCUUCAUGCCUUUCUCCGUUGGGCAACGGAUGUGUCUGGGCGAUCAAUUGGCGGAAAAGGAGUUCCUGUUCUUCUUCGCCAGCCUUUUCCACGCUUUCAACAUUUGUCCCGCCCAAGGACAAGAACUUCCUAGUCUGGCUAUCAACGCCGGAGCCACUGUCAGACCCAAUGCAUUCAAGGUCCAAUUUGUUCCCAGGCAGAAGGAGGCAUUAGUACACGCUCGGAAUAACGUGAUGGAAAGCGAUGUUCCUUUUCAAUCCUCGGAUUAGAUCUCACACGAAAGCCAGGGCAUUCCUUCCAAACGAGCUCAGCAGCGCUCACAUUUUGAUGCACACAAGCUUCAAUCCAAAAUCAUUAGUAAGCCAGUAAGCCCUGUAAGAGGUCUCUACAACCGUUGUUUUAGCCUGUUUCUCAAACAGGUGACAGAUAGUACAAAUCUAAUUUUCACAUUCAUUACAACCCCUCUAGCAUUCGCAAACAAUGAUCAUUGUUUACAAACUUAAUGCUUACAAGCAAGAUCAAUCGCCAUUUCUUUUUUUCAUUUCCAUUAGUAUCGCUAUUUCAUUACUAUUUUUAUUCUUAUUAUUAUCAUUCCUACCAUCGUGAUCAUGAUCAUUGCUCUCAUUAUUUUCAAAUUUGCUCUUACUUCAACCACUUCUUUCUCUGCUAUUGCUACUACAUCUCUUAUUACGGCAAUCGCUCUUUCUAAUCAAAUUGAACAAAAAGUAGCUCUAUUUUCAAUUGCCUGGACUCUCAACUCCUUCUUUAAUUGCGAGUUCGAUUAUUUGUUAUUUAUUUUACGUAUUCAUGUCGACAGCCCGAAAAAGGCGAUUGAACUGACAAAUCACCAUGUUAGCCUAAAAAUGCUCAAAAGAAAACACAAUAAAUCCAUAAAUAUCAUACAAAA